AUGCCUCCCAUUUCCAAACGACGAAAGCUUUCAGACCUAACUGCAGGAGAUACAAACGAAUUGCUUCGUAAGCUCCAGGAAUUUCGUGCCAACCUUGAUGAAGGAGACGAGGAUUUACCUGCUGGUCUGAUCGAUAAACUCCAAGAACUGCGUGACAAAUCGGAAGACGUUAAGGUAGAUCCAAUAACGCUCAUUUCAUUGAGGAUAUCGUCUGGUCCACUUUUUCUGAUCAGCGACAAGAGGCAAGAAGUCGAAAACCUUGGAUUGGCCGAAAUAUCAGGGUGUCUUCCGAUUGAUACUGCACGAUUUCUGAUAAGUUUAGUGCGCGGCCACGUCGCAACGGUGACGGAAGCUGGAUGUCGCAUCUUGAUCAACAUACUCUUGUUGAGAGUUGUAUCGGUCAUGUGUUCGGGUGACACGACGGUGAACAUAAUUCCAGAAUUCCCUAUCCCUAGAACGAUCUUCCACCGAGACUCUGGCAAGUAUUCGUUUAGUGGCGUCGUCGACUUCCUGGUGACUAAACUCCCCGCCCAGUACACCGAAUACCUCCUGGGCGACCCGACCACAGCACUGGCGAAUCCCGGAAACAUCAAGGGACCAAUGACGUCCAACAUCUUCGAAGCCAAGCGCGAUAACGUUCGGGCCGCUCUGUCUCAGGCUGCAAUUGCUGCGGCUUCGUAUUGCCAAUUGCAGGGCUUAUCUGUCAUCAGGGGUGUUGUCACCAGCGGAGAACAGUGGAUAUUCUUCGUGUACGAAAGGCAUACAGAUGGUACUGGGUUAGUCCUAUCUUCUCCCGAAUACACUCUGGGGCGGAAUCUCGAAGGUCUAGCCUUGGUUCUUGGCCUCUUGCGGGAUUCGAUUGAUAACGCAACUAGCUCCAACCAUACGUUCUUCACUACGUGACGGAUAUAUGGUCCUACAGCACGUUCUCCUUGAUAAGCUCCCUGUGGAGUAUUCGUAUUGUUGGAUGUGCAACGUUCAACAUGGACUCUAUACUGUACUAUAUAAUCUCGUGUCGCUUUAUUUGUACCUCAGCGGUUCUGUCUACAACAUUGAGACUCGUCUCUUAGGUAUUAUCAAUGCCAUAGUGGUUCUGUCUACAACGCUGAGACUGAUCUCUAGUCCCUCUGAACUCCACCCCCAACCACGUGAAUGCCCGGGCCAUCCCAGGCUUGCUUGCAACGAAAUUAUUGUGCCAUUUGCAUUGGCGAGUAGUGUUGUCUUCUU